AUGCUUGAAGAACCUCAGACCGCUCCUGAGUCGCUGUCAACGCGGAAGCGAUCUAAGGCUUCUGAGGAAAACGAAGAGGAACGGAAUAAGAAGCGAUCAAGAGGCCGUCCACGCCUUGACACCAGAGAUGAGACGGCUCAAGAUCGUCGUCGAACGCAGAUUCGACUGGCUCAAAGAGCCUAUCGUAAUCGCAAGGAUACUGCCAUUACGACCCUUGAGGACAAAGUCAAGGAUCUUGAAGAUGCCAAUGAAAACAUGAGCAAAGAGUUCAUGAACUUUUUUGACUUUGUUCUUUCCCAGGGAAUGCUGGAAGGUGCACCUGAAGUUGCAAGACGUCUCAAUGAUACAACCCGCAAGUUUCUCUCACUCACAAGGAAAUCCGCCGAUGAUUCAAACCGCGAUGGCAUCGAAGAUACUCCAGCCUCUGCGCAAGCACAAGAGCAAGUUGUGUCACAGCCCCCAGGACGGCACCCAUCUAGCUCCGACUCCAGCACUAGUGGUGAAUUCAUGUUACAGAACCCACCUGGUUUUAGCGCUCCUCAAGAGAAGAGCCUGUCUACUCCACGAAGACCGGAUCCCACUAUACGGCAACAGGCUACGCCUCCCUUGAACCUGCCUUACGAAAUUAUCACAAUGCCAACUACAGAUAAUGCAAGUUUCCCUGUUUACGACACGCAAACGACAAUCAGUUUCGAGCAAAAUCCUUUCCUUCAAUCACCCUUUCCCAAUGUCCAUUCGCCAGCCACAUAUGCGCCCCAAGAACGGAGUUUUGGUCGCCGCCUUCAGAGAGCAACUUUGGAGGCUGGUCUGAGGUUGGCAUCGAUGGCCAAUCCACCUCCUCAUCGAUAUGCUGAGGUCUUUGGAUUUUGCCUACUAUUCGAACCCAGGGAGUCUAUCAUUCGCCGCAUAUCUAGCACAUUGGCCAGAGUGAGCCAGGAAUCAAUGUUUGUCUGGAGGUACCCUUUCACAAACCUGGGUGGUGCUGGGACUUUCUUCCCAAACAAUGGAGAUGCCGGAGUAGAUACAGCAACAGGAGCCAAUGGGAACGCGAUACCGUUAGGAAAUCAAGGGUUGGCACAGCAUCUGAAGCCACAGGAGAUGACUGGGUUUUCAAUGGGCCCUUUUAACCAAGACGUUGAAGCGACCAAAGGUGACCACGUCGACAAACGCAUGCGAAUGAUGUACCAGGGAUUUGAAGGGGACUUCUUUGAUGCAGAUGAGGUGGAAACAUAUCUACGUCAACGGGGUAUCGUGAUACCUGCUAACGUGGAUUUUGUUGAUGCUGAAAUUGAUAUGGGCUCGUUUGACGAAACUCCAGACCUUUCGGGCUUAGGAACGAGCAGCAGCUUCUUCGGAACGCAGCAACCCCCUGCGUCAAGCCAGACGCAUUAUAUGCCGUCUCAGCAAGCCACAAGUGACAUAUCGAGUAUGUGGCAAAGUACGAUACCUGCCACCCUCGCUACCACCACAGCGUCAAUGGCACAAGCUUCUCUCAUGGCACCUGCAAUGGGCGUAGACUUCGUCAACAUUAUGCCAACAGUUGAGGCAACCGAUCCUGGGCAGUUUGGUGCAGGGAUGGGAUCUCUCAUGGAUUCAUCAUAUUUCCCUCGAGAUUGGGCCACAGAUACCAGUUGGAUGAAGACAAAAGUGACGAUGGAUGUGAAUCGACUAGUAGCAGGUGAGUUCCUUCAACUUCCUCGUCUGGUCAUUCACGGAGGCGCAGGUAAUAUCCAGCGCGAUACGUACCCGCCGGAACAGUUCCGGGCUUAUCGUAAAGCUCUUAUUGAUAUUAUCACCAGAACGGACCAGUACAUGAGAAGUCAUGAGGUAGUCUCAGAGAAGUCAUCCAAGAAGCUCCCUUCAGCUUUAGAUGUUGCAACCUAUGCAGUCCAUCUUCUGGAGAACAAUCCCCUAUUCAACAGCGGACACGGCGCCGUGUUCACUCGCGAUGGAGUUAUUGAACUAGAGGCCUCAGUCAUGGUAUCUCGUGGUUAUAAGAAGCGAGGUGUCGGUGUCAUGGGUCUCCGCCAUGUGAAGAAUCCCAUCCUCCUAGCCCGGGCAAUGCUGGAACAUGGUGAAGACGAUCUGGAGGCGAAUCCUCGAGGAGUCAACUCAGGCGAUCUUGAUGUCCCAUCCGCACAGGGACAUACACAGCUCUAUGGAAAGGCCGCCGAGCAACUCGCGCAACAGUACGGACUAGAACUUGUCGACCCUAGUUACUUCUUCACCCAACGUCGUUGGGAUGAGCAUAUCAGGGCUCUUGAUAGAGAGAAGAAAGGUCAGGGGCAAGCAACCUGGAGUGCGACUGAGUAUCUACCUCAAGGGACAUGCGGAGCAGUAGCGCUUGAUCAAGAUGGUGUUAUCUGCGCCGCAACCAGUACAGGAGGUUUGACUAACAAACUCACUGGUCGGAUUGGUGACACGCCUACAAUUGGGUCAGGCUUCUGGGCAGAGGAAUGGACCGAGGACGGUGAUCCGACCGGGUUGUCCACGUGGGAUCGCUUGAAGAAUGACAUGACCGAGUCGGGCCCCUCACUGGUGCUCAGCGACGUCCUGGGAGGAACAUUGGCAGACUGCUUUCCGACUCCUGUGAUGUAUACUCCCCUCAAGCUCAGAGGUAAACGAGUCUUAACCACGAGAUCCAUUGGUGGCUCUGGAACUGGCAACGGCGAUUCCUUCCUGAGGACAAAUGCGCUACGAACCCUUGCAGCUAUGGCGAGGUGGAAACCAGAGUCAGGUUCCAAGGCUGUAACCCAUAUUGCAGGCCCAGGCGGAGAGCUGGAAAGAAGUGCGGGUGAUAGAUGGCGCCGGACAGGUGAGGGUGAAGGCGGCAUCAUUGGCAUCGAGAGUGUUGUCGUUCGUGAUUCGCAUGGUCAAAUCAUCGAGACUCGGUCUGAAGUCCUAAUGGAUUUCAAUUGCGGAGGCAUGUUCCGAGCUUGGAUUGAUGACGAGGGAAAGCCCCAAAUGAGCAUCUUCAGCAAUGAGCCGUCGAGCGACCUAUAG